GAGACAUGUUAAUGACGACAGUUAUUGCGACGCCAUGAUGACGGUAACUGCGCUGAGUUUUGGGUUGUGACUUUCAGCGCACGUGCGUGGCACCUUACGGCAGCUAAAUGCACGCGUAUAUUUGAAGCUUUUGUGCGUUGAUUCAGUCUAGUGCUAAUUACAUUAAAACAAGUGACGUUAGUUGCAGAAAUGCCGAAAGUGAAGAAAUCCAAAGGUGGCGGAGGGGAGAAAAAAGUACCGACGUUGGCUCUUGCUGAUCAGAUACUUGAGGGAGAUGCGGUAAAGGCUACUAACCGGGUGAAGAACAGGGAUCGCCGGCAGGAGGAUGAGGACGAGUACGUGGAUGAGCGUUUGUCGCGAAAGAUUUUACAGCAGGCGCGAAUACAGCAAGAAGAACUUGAGAGCGAGUAUGGAACUGGUACAUCUUCGGUGACCAAGAAACAGCCCUCCACCGUUUUAGGCUCUGGGUCUCAAGAUGCGGAUUCUGAUGAAGAGUGGCCGUCUUUGGGUGCAGAAGGGCAAUGUGAAGACAUGGAGUUUGGGUCUGUAGUUGAGGUGGACCCUGAGGAUGAGAAAGCUAUCCAGAUGUUUAUGAACAAGAACCCACCAGUCAGACGAACGCUAGCCGACAUCAUCAUGGAGAAGAUUACUGAGAAGCAGACUGAGGUGGGCACCGUGAUGUCUGAGAUUUCGGGCCGUCCCCUCCCACAGAUGGAUGCCAGGGUCAUCGAGGUUUACAAAGGCGUCAGCAAGGUCCUGUCCAAGUAUCGGAGUGGGAAGCUCCCAAAGGCUUUCAAGAUCAUCCCAGCCCUGUCCAACUGGGAGCAGGUUCUGUACCUGACCGAGCCGGAGACCUGGACCGCCGCCGCGAUGUACCAGGCCACAAGGAUCUUCUCCUCCAAUCUGAAGGAGCGGAUGGCCCAGCGCUUCUACAACCUGGUUCUGCUUCCAAGGAUCCGUGACGACAUUGCUGAGUACAAGCGCCUCAACUUCCACCUGUACAGCGCGCUGAAGAAAGCGUUCUUUAAGCCUGGGGCCUGGUUUAAGGGAAUCCUGGUUCCGCUGUGCGAGUCGGGAACCUGCACACUGCGGGAGGCCGUCAUCAUCGGCAGCGUCUUAACCAAGUGCUCUGUGCCUGUGCUGUACUCCAGUGCCGCCAUGCUGAAGCUGGCCGAGAUGGAGUACAAUGGCGCCAACAGCAUCUUCCUGCGGCUGCUGCUGGACAAAAAGUACGCCCUGCCCUUCCGGGUGCUGGACGCGCUCGUGGCCCACUUCCUGCGCUUCCGUACGGAGAAGCGCACCCUUCCUGUGCUGUGGCACCAGAGCCUGCUCACAUUGGUGCAGCGCUACAAGGCGGACCUGGCCUCCGAGCAGAAGGGGGCGCUGUUGGAGCUGCUGAGGUUCCAGACACAUGCCCAGAUCUCCGCCGAGGUCAGGCGGGAGCUGCAGCAUUCGCAGUCCAGGGACGAGGAGGUUGGGGUCGCGCCCAUGAUGGUGCUGGACUGAGUGGAGGAGAAGACUUUUGGGUCAUUGAUUUCUGGAGUUCCUUGACUUCUGAAAUCUGACCAGUUGCUCCUCCUAUCACAGCCUGACACCCCCCCCCCCAUCUCUGCCAAAAACAACUCAAUCCAGAUCCCUGGAGUCAUGCAGCUACAGUAAAUCAUGGCCAUUAAACUUCAUCCCACUGUUAAGUUAGGGCUAUUUUUUUCAGAAGGAUUCUAGCUGAGGUACUAGUGUUCAGUAUCCCCUGAAUGGUUCAUUUUGAGUCCAUGGACCCUGGACAUUCACUUGAUCUAUCUAAACAUGAGUUUCCUGCCUGGAAGAACGACGAGAAAGAUCAUCAGAACAAGAGAUUGUAUGACACGAUUCCCCAUUAAAAUGGCAUCUUUAGCAUGUUGUUCCAAGAUGAAGCUUCAAUUAACAUCUCAAAGAAAGAAAUAAAACACAUUGAGAUUUACUCUAGAAUUGGAAUGUUAGAGAGUCACGACCCCAAACUGAGAAAUAAGGUUUGAUUUUCCUCAUUUUGUAUUUGCCGUGAUCCGAUUCAACUGAAAUGAACCACAUUUGCUGGUUACGUUUUCCUGGGGUGUUUUUACCACAGCACUGCACUGCACUGCAGUGUGUGCUUCACUGUACAGUGUGUGUGCUGGACUCUGAAAGCUCACUGGGUGGCGCUGUUGCCUUAUAAGAAAAUAUGAAAUUGGUUCUGCUGCUGCUGCUGAUGUAUUAGGGGAAAAAAAUAAAGCCGCAUCAGGGAGUUAGAAUUCUGCGUUAUAAAUAAAAUCUGUAAAAUGUGGAAUGUUUAUGUUUAAGAGCAAAAUUUACAUUUCUGAGUAUGUUUUAAGAUCUUUUUAGUAUUUUGCUCUGGAGUAUGAAUUCCCAAAGACACCAGGUAAGUUAAUUGAUUUCAUUUCCUUUAAAAGCCAGACAUAAAAAAAGAUUAGCCUUAUUAUAUGUUUAAUUUAUUGUCUUCGUAUUAAACGCAGGGUCCUUCAUCGAGGGCUAUGUUCCCAAAAACCUUAAAUUUACCUGCCUGGGGUUGUUACUUUGUCAGCCUUUGUGUGGUGCCCAGUGCUGUCUUGGUUUUGAUUCUUGCUUCAUUCACAUUUUUUUUUUAAAUUCUGCCUUGUGAUUUGGAUCUGCUUGCAGAUUGCCUUGUUUUGAGCUAUGCCUUUUUUCUGACCUCACUUUUGCCUGCCCAUUCAGUAACGGGUAGCAACAGAAAUGAGCUCAAUGAAGUCAAAUGAAAAUGAAGUCAUUUGAUCUAUUUAUCUGAGUGUGCAAAGUUAUACAGCCUCACUGACUGUACUAGUGCCCAUAAACAGCACAUGUGUUUGAAGGGAUGGAAGAAUUGAAGUUAACUCAAUAUAAGAAGGUGAAGAAAUAGAGAUGGACAGUGAUGAACUGGUGAUACAGGAGGUAGAGGUAGAUGGACAUCAAAGACAUGCAAACUUUACACACUCUAAAAAUGGUUAAAGGGGAUUGUAACUUACACUUAAAAUAAAGAUGUUGCUCAACAUAAAAAUUUACGUUUGUUACAUCUUCCCAUCUUAGUUAAUUGUGUAAGUUGGUCAAAUUAAAAAUAAAGAAUACUUUGUCAACUCAAUUA